CUUACCUGACCGGGCUAUCCACUGGAACAAGAGUAUGUUUGAUAUCUGAGGCUGUGUAUAGAAGCAGAAUGCAGAGUAUCAAAUGUGUUGUGGUAGGGGAUGGUGCUGUGGGUAAGACCUGCCUGCUCAUCUCCUACACAACCAAUGCCUUCCCUAAAGAGUACAUUCCUACUGUAUUUGACAACUACAGUGCCCAGGUGACUGUAGAUGGGCGAACUAUCAGCCUUAAUCUUUGGGACACAGCCGGCCAAGAAGAGUAUGACCGUCUACGCACUCUCUCCUAUCCCCAGACAAAUGUCUUCAUAAUCUGCUUUUCUAUUGCCAGCCCCCCCUCCUAUGAGAAUGUCAAGCACAAGUGGCACCCAGAGGUCACUCACCAUUGCCCAAAUGUGCCAAUUUUGCUAGUUGGCACCAAAAAAGACCUGCGCAAUGACCCAGAAGUCCUCAAGAAGCUCAAAGAGCAGAGUCAGACAACCAUUAGCCCACAGCAGGGCACAGCUCUCGCAAGGCAGUUAAAUGCAAUCAGGUACCUAGAGUGCUCUGCCCUCAACCAGGAUGGCAUAAAGGAGGUCUUCACUGAGGCUGUGCGUGCCUUUCUCAAUCCUCAGCCACUUCCCACUAAGAAGCCCUGUGUGCUACUGUAG